AUGGCUGGAGGAGACCACCCGACGGAAAUCAGCCCGCUCAUGAUCGGAAUCCUCGGGAUGCUUGCCGGAGCAAUCGCCGUCGCGACCUACCACUGCAUCGCCGUCGGCUGCUACCAAAUUCACCCACCCGAUUCCCCGCAGAAUGAUGCGGCGGUGGGAGAUCAAGAGAACGACGAAGAAGCGAGCCGGAGCCGGAGCACGGCGAGCAGCAACAGCAACUCGUCGGCGGCGCUGAUUCCGGUGGUGAGGUACAGCAAAGAGCGGAGCCUGGAGGCGGCGGCGGCGGGCAGCACUACUGCUACCACGUGCUCGGUCUGCCUGUCGGAUUUCACCGAAGGGGAACCGGUCCGGGCGCUUCCGGUUUGCUCGCACGUGUUCCACGUGGCGUGCAUCGACAGGUGGCUUCUGUCGCACCCGAACUGCCCCGUCUGUCGGGCCAACACGCUGCCCGUCCCGCACGUGGCGCUGACCGUGCCGGACCGGGGAGGGGACGGAUUCGAACCGAGGGAGGGGAGUCGGGCUGCGGGGGGAAGAUCGGUUGGUUAUUUUGUUGCCUGA